AGGCAACCUCGUGGUGGAUUAGAUUCUGGUCGGCCAUAUUCGCAUUGAAUGUCUCUAUUACACAAGGGCUCAAGAGUAGCCGUGAAACUUCCGAAGAAUCCUCGUUGCUGUGAGGAUACAGAGACAUCAUGGAGAACGAAUACACCGUUACGGUCACCAACAAGUUCUUGUUGGCGCUCGACGAGAGCGAGGAUCCAUUGGAGGUGCUAAAGGUUCGUGAGCAAGAGAAAGAAGCGAAGAAGAAGGAACGAAUCUCCGAGAAGGAGAACAAGAGCAAGCAACAGCAGCAGCAGCAGCAGCAGCAGCAACAGCAGGACGGACAAAAGACCGCCAACAACAAGACGCAGAAGAAUCGUGUGAUCAAGGACGCUCAGCAGCUGCCGUCCAAGGUGCAGGAUGCUAAGAAGGAUCAAGUGGACAAGAAGCCAUCCCAGCCAAGAGUAAGUGCUGGUGACCGGAAUGUGAAAUUCUCUGGCGAGUCUAGGGAGGAGCGUAAUAAUAGGCGCAACCGUGAGGAUGGAGAACGAACUUUACGGGGACAGGGAGAGUUUAGGCGAGGACCUCCUGGAUUAGCUUCCACGAAACAAGCAACAAAUGUUAUACGCGAGGGCCGUGAAACGCGCGAAUUCCGGAACUCUAAUACCGAUGCUCAACGUGGUGAAUACGGUGAACGCCGUGGUCGCGGAGGCAUGCGUGGUAUGAGUCGCGGACGUGGAGGCCCUCGUGGACGCGGUGGUUACGAUAAUCGUGGAAAGCGGGAAUUUGACCGUCAAUCGGGCUCUGAUAAGACUGGCAUUAAACCCGUGGAUAAAAAAGACGGUGCUGGCAGCCAUAAUUGGGGCACCCAUAAUGAUGAGAUAGAAGAAAGCCUUAAUCAAGAAAGUCAAGACUGGAACAAUGACAAGCCGGAAUCCGAGGCCACUCCGGGAACAACGGAAGUUAAGAACGGUGAUGCUACUGCGGAGACUGCUGUUGAGGAGAAACCAGUCGAGGAAGAAUCGCGCGAACUUACUUUGGACGAGUGGAAGGCAUUGCGAAACAACCGAGUGAAGCCGCAAUACAAUCUGCGAAAGGCCGGUGAAGGUGAGGAUCUAUCACGCUGGAAGAAGAUGUAUGCUCUCGAGAAGAAGAAGGAAGGCGCUGACGAAGAGGAUGACGAGGAAGAAGAAUACGACGCGGCCGUGGAGUAUCCUCAGCGCGUUGGCAGGCAAAAGCGCGUAUUAGGCAUUGAGAUCCAGUUCAGUGAUUCGCGACGUGGUUCUGGCGGUCGUGGACGAGGUGGUCGCGGUCGCGGCGAUCGCGUGAAUGGACGUGGAUACGGAAAUCGUGGUACUCCCAGAGAUGGGGACUCACGUGGAUCUUUGCAGUCUUCACAAAACGAGCAAAGGUCACCGCGAAGCCGUCAGAAUGCUCCGAAGGUAGAUGACGAGCACGACUUCCCCUCUUUGGGAUAGAUAGUUCCGCCUAUCUACUCCUAACAUCUCAAGAAUACCGACAUCAACAUUAUGAUGGAGAACGUUACAUUAAUUGAGAAAAUAUUACUAUUGAGAAUCUUACGUUAGUGCAUAACAUUAAUAUUACAUAAUACAGUACACAUCUACAGAAAAUGAGAUACGUAACACUAUUCUUAAAUAAAUUGUGACGCUUGAACGCGUUGUUACAUAUUGCUAUAGAAUGGUACAUAUGAAAAGUUGCACGACGUAUGAACAAAGAAACAUAGAGAAGAUAACAACCCUUCUUUUGUACUCAUGAGGGAACGUUUGUCCAUAACUACUCUAGAGAUGUCAGCCAGCGGAGAAGCGAUCUGUAAGAAGAAAAAAACAACCAUAUAGUUUCUGUGGAAAUUGUUAAUACCAUAAUGAAGGCAAAAAUAGGAAGAAUAUAAUUGAAGAAAAAAUAAAAAAGGAGUGCGUUAAAAGAAAGAGAGAUUAUGUGGACCAGCGAGUGUGAACUAUUGGGUAGCAUCAACCUCGGAAUAAUAGUUUCAAUCUGCUUACAUCCAACUCGAAGCAAUUAUCGAAGGAAAAAAAAAUUUGCUGUACACAAAAGUAGAGAAGAAACAGGGCUGCGGUAUCGAUCUCGAAUUCGAUGUCGCGUUAAAGGCCUAAAGGAGGCUGAACCGCGUAAACCUGUAUAAAUAUCUCUUUUUAGGCGUAAAUUUUAAACGCACUUUUGAUUUUAUAAUUUUUAUACGUAUUUGGAAAUAGUCCUUCCUCGUAACCGGCAGGUUGUUGCCAUUCGUAAAGAGUAAGGAAGGCAUUUCUAUUUAAAAUCGAGACGCUGCAACGUCUUUUACUAAAGAUAAGUCUACUUAUAUAGAUAUAUAUGGAGCUAUAUAUAUAUACACACAUAUAUAUAUAUGUAUGUAUGCAUGUAUGUAUAUAUAUAGAAACAAUCGAGAUAUACAACGCGAUACAUAUUCCUUUUUCGGAAAUAUGCCCCAAGCGGGAUAUUUCGCACAUGCAUUAAAAGCUUUAGGUAUAUAUACAUGACACACACAAAACACUUACGUAUACACACAUACACACGCGCGUAUAUGUAUUUACGAUAAAUUGGAAAUUAUCUUAAUAUGGUAAAAAGCAAAUGAGUAUAUACACUUAUAUUAUUAUGUUACAUUUAUUGCGUUGUCAAUUCUCAGAAAUCUUAAUUAUAAAUCCAUUAAUAUUAGUUAUUUGCUAUAUUUGUUAUAACACAGUUGAAGGUAAUCAGUCAAAAGAAUCACCCCUCCAUCAUAAGCCGAAAAGGGAUAACGGAAAAUAUAAAAAGCUGUUUGAAGCUUAGACAUAUGUGUAAAUAACAUAUUUACAAUAAUAAAUUGUGACAAUGAUCACAAAGACGCUUUGAAACUCGAGUAACUUGACCAGAGUCAGUGGUAAAAUUACUGUAGGCAAAUUUUGUUUCUUACUCGUGCACAUCUGUACAGAAAAAAAGACGUAAGUACAAAAGUAUAUCUUAAACAUUGCGAUUGACGAGAAAAGAAAAAAAAGUAGGAAUCAGGUUUGACAAGAAUUAACUCUCAUUGAGAUGUGUUGUGUUAAUAAAGUUGUAAGUGUAAUA